ACACACACACACACACUCGAGCAGCGAUCAAGUGUUUCAGUUGAAGGCCACCCUAUACCAGCACCCCUUAGUGACUCUAGUGGUCAGUUCCAAGUGCAACCUGAAGAUUAGUUCACAAAGCGACGUGUCAUUCUGCCGUCUGGUCCCACUGGUACGCGAUACAGAGUGGAUCAUGGCGGUCAAUCUGGCGCACGUUAUUUUGUGUGUCUGCACGAUAGGGGCUGUUUUGUGUUUAAGCGAGUACGAUUUCUAUCCGUAUGGACCAGGUAGAGACCAUCGCUUAGAAGACCACGAUGAAGCCAGUUCCGACGAAAUUCCCCUUAGGACAAGAAUUGUAUUUUUCGAUAGGCCCCAUCGGAGUCUUUUCGUGAACGCGAACGGCCUAGUCUCAUUCGAAACGGACAUUUCGAACUACGCCAACAUCCCGCUGCCGAUGAACGUCGCUAGUAUCGCGGCGUUCUACGCCGACAUCGAUACGACUGUGAACGGUCAGAUCUACUAUCGAGAGUCGCAAGAACCGGCCGACCUGCAGAAGGCGACCAGCGACGUUCGAAAACACUUCAAUGCGUUCGCGGACUUCGAGGCGACGAGCGUCUGCGUGGUCACGUGGGAUCGCGUCGGCCAUUAUCAGGGCAAGAGCGACAUGACAAAUACGUUUCAACUGGUGCUGAUUACCAACGAGAGAGAUUCGUUCGCGAUCCUCAACUAUCUGGACCAGAACAUGAGGUGGAUCCGGGGUGGCGGUAAAAAUCCUAACCUUGAAGACGCACCCGGACAAAUCGGAUUCGAUUCCGGCGACGGACGCCAUUGGUACAAAUUGCCCGGAUCCGGGACUGCGCGAGUGGACGAGAUUAAUAGAAACACAAAUGUGGGAAAACGCGGCCAGUGGAUGUUCCAAAUCGGAAACCUUCGAUCGAAAUCAAUCAUGGAACCAGACCUCAUUGACGGCGUUGUGCAAGAGGUUUUGACUGUGAACGAACAUCACCAGCACACGUGCGCACAAGGAGCGGAUGAGUGUCACAUCAACGCUCGCUGCGUGGACCACAACCCUGGCUACUGCUGCGAAUGCGCGCAGCCUUUCAUCGGAAACGGUCAUUCUUGCAUCGAACCGAAUAAGCCACAGCGCGUCAAUGGAAAGGCCACGGGGGAGGUAAACGGACGGGCAAUCAGCGCUGACCUGCACGCUUACAUCGUUACGGGAGAUGGACGAGCCUACACGGCCAUUAGCCGUGUGCCAGCUGAAAUCGGCCUGCCUCUGUCUCUACUCACACCUGCCGGUAGUGCCAUUGGAUGGAUGUUUGCGGUGUCCGUGUCGAAGGCCAGAAAUGGCUUCGAAUUGACAGGUGGCAACUUUAACCGCACGGCGAUCGUGAGGUUCUCUGAUGGCGGGGAGUCGAUCAGCAUCCGUGAGAGUUUCAUCGCUCGCGACGUCGCUAACUACAUGCGCAUGACGACGGAGAUCGUUGGCGACGUUCCGCUCGUGCUGGCCGGCUCUAGCAUCGCCAUGGACGACUACGUCGAAGAUUUCCGCCGAGUCGAGUCAGGGCUGAUCAAGUCGUUCUCAACGCACAAGUAUCGCGUCGACGACGUACCGUUCACGUUCACCGUGGAACAGACGAUAACGCUUGACGAAUGCUCGUUCGAGUACGCCGCCAGCGACGCCGGCCCGCCGCCGCUGCGCCUGUCCGUCUCACGUAACUUCGUCGUGUUUGACGAACGCGAGCAGAUAGUGCGAUACGCGCAGACAAACAAGAUAUCUCCACUGACGGAUGAUCCGUGUGAGCGAAGUAACUGCGCAAAAGCGGCAACGUGCGUCGUUGAAGAAGACAGUUUUCGCUGCGUCUGCAAUGAGGGCUACGAGGGCGAUGGGGAGGAAUGCACCGAUAUUGACGAGUGCCGACUGCGAUUAUCUACAUGCGACCCUGUAAAGUCCGUGUGUAUUAACAUGCCUGGAACAUACGAGUGCCACUGCGCGCCGGGAUACGAAGGGGACGGCAGAGCGUGUGAAGCUGUGCCACCAAGCAGCACCAAUACGUGCGAGGAUAUUGACUGUGAUGAGAAUGCCGACUGCGUUAUGGACUACGACAUUCGCGAACCGAUGUGCCGAUGCCGCGAGGGCUACGAAGGUGACGGAUCAUUCUGCGCUCUUGAUCCUGGACAGAUCACUAGGCCGACAGACGCACCGGGAGGAGAAAUGACAACGUGCGAUGACAUCGACUGUGACGCAAACGCCGACUGCGUCAUCGACCACCGCAGCCGACAACCAAGCUGCGUCUGCCGCCAGGGAUACGUAGGCGACGGUUCCUUCUGCGCCCUGGACCCCGGUCAGAUCGACCGACCGACAGGUGAGCGGAUUACAUUAGUAGUACUUCUACUCUAUAUUGGCUACCAUCAACAUACUGAUGAUUUUGCAAACGGGAGGCGCUAG